UGCUAAGAGCAGAAGCUGGCUGCAUGAUGCUGAGCUCAGGUCUUCCUCCUGUUUUCCUGUUGCUCACAGCGCUGGAGCUGAGCUGGUCCUUGAGUGAUGAAGAAAAGAAGAUAAUCUUGGACGGGCACAAUAAAUACCGCUCCCAGGUGUCUCCUCCUGCUAUGGAUAUGCUGAAGAUGAGCUGGGACAUGGAGCUGGAGGCCUUUGCUCAAGCCUACGCAGAGAAGUGCAUCUGGGACCACAACAAGGAGAGGGGCCGCCGAGGUGAAAACCUCUUCGCUAUGGCCCCAACCCUGGACCUAGAAUUUGCUGUGGAAGACUGGAACGGAGAGGAGAAAUACUACAACUUGACAACUUCCACGUGUGCCCCUGGACAGAUGUGUGGCCACUACACCCAGGUGGUUUGGGCAAGCACGUAUCAGAUCGGCUGUGGGGCAAAGUUUUGUGAGAAGAUCGAAGGAAUCGAAACAGAGGACAUGUACCUGCUUGUUUGCAACUAUUACCCGCCGGGUAAUAUGAAAGGCCGAAAGCCGUACAAGGAAGGACCCUCAUGCUCGCAGUGUCCUGAGGACAGAGUCUGUGUCAACUCCCUGUGUGAACCCAUUGUAGAAGAGACCACUCCAGCCCCUGUGACAACAAAGGCAAGCCCAUCCGCCCCAACCACAGCCAUGCCAAAACCCACAACCACAGCCAAACCAGCACCCACAACACCAGUGCCCACCACAGCCAAACCAGCACCCACAACCACACUUCCAACCACAACCAAGCCACCACCCAAACCCACACUCCCAAUCACAGCCAAGCCAAAACCCACAACCACGCUCCCAACCACAACCACAGCCAAACCACCCACAACUACACUCACCACAGCCAAGCCAAAACCCACAACCAUGCUCCCAACCACAGCCAAGCCAAAACCCACAACACUAGCACCUAUUGCAACAACAGCCAAGCCAAAACCUGCCACCACCCUCCCACUGACAACCCCAGCCAAGCUAAAACCCGCAGCACCAGCAGCCACCACAGCCAUGGCCAAACCAAAACCCACCAUGCCAGCACCCACCACCACUGCUGCCCAGCCAAAGCCCACCAUGCUCACAACCACCAUGCCAAAACCCACCACAACAACAACGACUAAAUCAACACCCACCACGCCAAAGCCCACCACAACCACCACUACAACUAAACCAAAACCCACCACAACCACCGCUACCGCCAAGCCAACACCCACCACACCAAAGCCCGCCACAACCACCACUACAGCCAAAUCAAAACCCACUACAACCACCACUACAGCCAAACCAUCACCGACCACACCAAAACCCACCACAACCACCACUACAACCAAACCAUCACCGACCACGCCAAAACCCACCACAACCACCACUACAACCAAACGAUCACUGACCACGCCAAAACCCAGCACAACCACCACUACAACCAAACCAUCACCCACCACGCCAAAACCCACCACAACCACCACUACAACCAAACCAUCACCCACCACACCAAAACCCACCACAACCACCACUACAACCAAACCAAAGCCCACCACAACUGCGGCUAAGCCAAAGCCUGCUACAGCCAAGCCAACACCUACCACUAUGACAUCAGCAAAGCCAAAAAUCACCACACCACCACCAGCACUUACCACGACAGCCAAGAUACAAGCGAAAACUUCCACAACCACAAAGCCAGAACCCAUUGAAACAGAAACACUCAAUCCUACUGAGGCAACUGCGUUAACUCUUUCCUUUGAGCCCACGUUAGACCUGGAUUAUAAAGUAUCUCCAGAAGUAGAGGUAGACACUGGAGAGCCUGUUAGCCCCUUAACUACAAAGGAUCCAGCCUUACUAGAAAGCAUGGGCACAGCCUUCAGCCCCAAAUCUGUCCCAGAAAUGAAUAAAGAUGGGAAAGAGGAUGGGAAAGAGAAAUCAGCCUUUUCCAGUCCACCUCCAUCCCCCAGCCAAAUUGUUCCAGAGAUCAAGUUAGUUUUCAAUAAAGGUGAACUCAUAACCCCCUCAAAGUCAGUGGUUUUCAGCCCUGAAGAGCCUACCUUCUUGCGCUUAACAUCAUCUUCCAAAGAAAAAAAAGGGCAGAGCCCUGCUUUCCAGACCUCCCUCUCAGCAGGUGCCCUGGACACUGAGGAACUGGAGACAAACUCAGACCAGACGAGCAUGGAUCAUCCCACGGCUGGAGCCCCCGCUACAUACUUGGGGCUUUCACUCUUCCUCCUACCCAGUGUCAUCGUGGUGGGCCUUCUGCUUUGAAUGGUCUUUCUCAGCUGUCCCUGCACCAGUAACCAAGGCUUUCUUCAGCAUUGGUUGUUCCACAACGCUGGUAGGCUUGGGAGACACCACAGACAAUUCCGGUUGACACGCUCUCUUCUUACCCUGCCUCAUCUGCUCCAGCCCCGGCGAGCCAAGGGCAGCUGGCAGUCCCAUGGGAACUUGGUCCCCUUCCUGAGGAGACCCAAGGGCAGGAGGGUGUCUGCCAUAAUGCUGGUGACCUUGGACCCUUCUCCUUUCUUCCCAGCCAGCCUGGGCUUCUGGUCCGUUUCCAAACUGGAAGUGAUGAGCUGUCCCACCCACCUGUGUGGCUGGCAGGCUCCGCCGCACCGUGUCCCCAGGGAAAGCAGAACGACUUGGAAACGCGAGUGGCCAUGAGACAUGGUGGUUGGAUUUGGUGUUUGUCAGGAUGAGUUUCCAACAAAAACGCUCUUUUCCCCUCCUGAUGUGUCUGUCUGUCUCAAUUUUGGAGAAGCUUCAUCUUUUACCCCACCUUGUCAAAAAAGAGUGGCUUUUUUUUUUUCUUUUUUUUUGUUCCACAGGAGAGGUUUUCUAUUUCCUUCCUGGUUCUGGUAGCUAUGGCCAGUACUACCCAGAUGUACUCCUUUCUCCUCCUCACACCUCGGCAACCCUUGUCUCUUCCUCUCUUCUGCUCUCUGCAACAUGUACCCAUUCCACAGUUAGUCCAUUGCCAUGACGUUAUUUUACGCGUGUGCCUGCACCUGUGUGCAAGCACAGAAGAAAACCCUUCAGUGCUAAAGAGGAGUUACCGACUUCUCUGUACAGCUUUCUUCUGCAUGGCUUCCUUCUUUGCAUAACUUAAGUGUAUUUGAAUUUAGAUACAGAUCCCAGUUGACAUAUAUUUUGCGUGUGGUGGAACCUGGUCCAGGAGAAAAAGGUCAUUACAUGUGCUUGUACAAUUUGAGCUCAAGAGAGUCAAGUGAAUGAUGUUGGAGAUUACGGGUGGUUCCAGGAGUUGUUACAGGACCACUUUCAUUGUCUGGGACGCUGUGUGUUUUAUUCCCUCAUGUCUCCCCUCCCUUCACCUGAGGAUUCCCAGGAAGGUGUGUUAAAUAUGGCUCAAGCUUUGCAGACCGGUGGAAGGGACUAGGAGAUACAGUCCCUGCUCUGGUUGUCACAUCCUUUGAUUUCUUAAAUAGAUGAGGUGGAGAAUGUCCUGAAGGCCAAUAUUCGUGUCCUUCCCCAUGAUGUUGUGUCCUGUUCAUCCCCAGAGCAUGCACUGAAUAAAUCCUGUUGUGAAA